GAACAAAUAAAACUCUUUAACAAAAUGGACACCAAUAAAGAUGGCCUCAUUUCACUAGCAGAAUUGGAGAGUGGGUUGCAUAUGUCUUCAUCUGUUCACUCACCUUCAGCAGCAACUCAGCCACAAACAUUGAAGCAUUCACAAUCACAGAAGUCUCGACCACCAAGUCUCUCACAGAGUAAGGGAAAGAAGUUGAGGACAUUCACGACUGAGUCACAUAAACUAAACGAUAGAGAGACUUUGCUGUUUUCUUCAGUUCCACACAAUGAGGAUGGAUCUGCCAGCCCUGAAGACAUACUUGACCUCUGGGACCAGCUUGGUAUAGUCCAUGGAUCAGACCUUUUGAUGUCUUUAGGUUUCAACACAGAUAGGCAGAUAAAUAUGUCAGACCUAACAGCAGUCUUGAAUGAAGUGCUCGCAGACUUGAGUUCAUCAGAUCCUGUCUGUUUUGCUGCACUGAUUGGUUACCAGCAUGAACUCAGACAUCUUAGGUCUGCAUUAAAUGAGGCAGUGGAAGAGAACAAGAAACUCCAGCAAGACCUGUCACAGGCAAAUGCUUAUAAUUCACUGCUUGCAAUUGACAUGGAUGACUCACAUUUCCAGGUGGAUGAAUACUGGAAGUCUAAACUUCUUGAUACUCUAAGAAACAUAAAAGGUGCAUAUCGGUGA